GGCGUCGACUGCCGCCAAGUCUGCAUCCAGUGCGAAGAGGAGCGCCAGUGCGGCCGAGCACAGCCGUAGGGGAGCCAUGGGCAACGUCUUCUCCUGCUUUCACGGCUCGUUCUCGCCCAGCGAAGCCCAGACCGAGCCCAAGCUGCUCCCAGUCGCACCCAGGCCACCGGGUGAUGGCAAGGGCGACAGCAUUUUGCAGGUGCGAUACGUGGACCUACACGUGGCGGAGAAUGCCGAGCAGCACCGGACCGAUGAAUUUCAGCUCACCAAGGGGACUGACCCGGUGCUGGUGGUGCGGCGGGGGGAUCCCUUCAGGCUGACUAUAGAUUUGAGCCGACACUUCAAUCCGGACAGGGACACCCUGGCCUUCGUCUUCACUGUCAAGGGUGAAGAGGCCCCGUCCUACACCAAAAACACCGUCGCUGUGGUGCCUGUAGGCUACAGGUCGUCCACUGAAUACUUGGGGGGUGUCUCUUCCUGGACUGCCUUCGUCAAGACUGCUCGAGACGAUGUCAUCGACGUCGAGAUUACACCACCUGCCAAUGUCAUAGUGGGAGAUUGGAUGAUGGACAUUGACACUAAGAACCGUUCCGUGAAUGACAACACGGGAUUCAGAUACACGCAUAAGAAUCCAAUCUACAUUCUCUUCAACCCUUGGAACAGGGCGGACACCGUGUACAUGGACGAUGCCAAGCUGCGGUAUGAGUGCGUUCUAAUGGAGAGCGGCCUUAUCUGGCGAGGAAACCACAGCAGGCUUAGGGCUACCGUGUGGAGCUACGGCCAGUUCGAGAAGAAUGUGCUCGAGUGCUGCGUCUACCUGCUGCGUCACGUGGGACGACUGGCAUCACCGUCGUGUGCAGAUCCAGUCAAAGUCGCAAGGCACGUCUCUGCUGUGGUCAACUCCCCGAAUGAUGAAGGUGUCAUUGAGGGCAACUGGACAGAAAAAUUCACCAGUGGUACAGCUCCAACAGGAUGGACAGGGAGUGCCUCAAUAUUGCAACAGUUUUACAAAAACAAAAAGCCUGUGAAGUUUGGCCAGUGCUGGGUCUUCGCAGGUGUAGCAACCACAGUACUUCGGGCACUGGGCAUACCGUCUCGGCCAGUCACCAACUACUACUCGGCCCAUGACACACAAAGCAGCUUGACUGUGGACCAGUUCUAUGACGAGAAUGGCGAGGCCAUUGAAAAACUGAACAAGGACUCUAUCUGGAACUUUCACGUGUGGAACGAGGCGUGGAUGACGCGGCCAGACCUGGAGCCUGGAGACUACUCCGGCUGGCAGGCCAUCGACGCCACACCGCAGGAAGCCUCGGACGGUAUCUACCGAUGUGGACCAGCUAGCGUCAAGGCUAUCAAGCGGGCCGAGGUUCUGAAGCCCUACGAUGGCACGUUCAUCUUCGCGGAGGUGAACGCAGACCAAAUCUACUGGCGUUACCAAGGCCCCAUGCAGCCACUCAAGCUCAUUCGCAAGGCCACUGACAAGAUUGGACAGUGCAUUAGCACGAAAGCCGCUGGUAAAUUUGAACGCGAAGACAUCACAGAUUCCUACAAGCACCCAGAACACACACAAGAGGAGCGCAACGCGAUGCUGAAGGCUCUUCGAAAGUGCAACCAUGCCUACUCUCGCUACUAUCUCAAUGAGGAACUGGAAGACGUCAGCUUUGACUUCGAGCUUCUGGAUGACAUAGUUAUUGGUUCUCCGUUUAAGGUGAAACUGACCGCCAGGAACAAAAACCCCAUCAAAGAGUACAAGGCACACGUCGUCAUGCGUGUAGAGACCACCCACUACACGGGAAACAAGAAGAAGCUGGUCAAGAGCAAUCAAUUCGAUGUCGACAUCAAGCCAAACUCCAGACAGGAAGUGUCCAUGGAAGUGACGUACACAGACUAUGAGAAGCUGCUGCUUGACCAAGCCAUGUUCAACAUUGCCACGUUGGCCACGAUCAAGGAGACAAAGUUUGACUACUUCGCGCAAGACGACUUUAGGGUGCGCAUGCCGGAAGUCAAAAUUGAGACCGAUGGUGAAGCGAUCGUAAAGAAACCACUGAAUGUCAAAGCCUCUUUCAUUAACCCACUUCCCAAGUCUCUGAACAAAGGAUUGUUUGUCAUCGAGGGACCUGGGCUUUCAAAACCGCUGAGGUUGGCCGUCAAGCAGAAAAUUCCCCCCGGGGAAGAGGUGAGGGUCAAUUUCCACCUGACUCCUAAAUCUGCUGGACCGAAAGCCAUCAUUGCCAAAUUCAGCUCCAAAGAGCUGAGCGACGUGGAUGGUUUCAAGGCCAUUGAUAUUAAGGAAGCGUCUUUCCUUGAUGCUGCCCGCCCUACGCCCCUAGCCGCCACUGCUUGACGGCCACAAGUGCCCACUAAGAUAUUCAAUAUUAUUAUUUUUUGCAAGUUGUACUUUUUGCACUUGUUCAGUCACCUACCAGAACAUGCUACUUAAUCAGCAUUAAAUCAUUGUUUCAAUGAUUUCGCA